AUGAAGCUGGCGCUAGAGUAUAGGCGCGAUAAGCUUACGGAAUAUUACGGCAAGACUGAUGAUAUUCCAAAUGAUCUCUAUGCAAUUGGAACUAUCUUAGGUCCCCGCAAUAAGCUUGAAUUCUUCUUAACACCAGAAUGGGAGACACACUGGGCACCGCGGUAUAAGCAGUCCCUUGAGACUUAUGUCCAGCCUUACCAGCAGCGUCAUAUAGAGGCACAGUCAAUAUCAACUAUCCAGUCAAUGAGUAACGAUAUUUCUGACAUUGAUAUCCUUCUGAGACCUACUACAUCUCUCCAGUCAAGACCGACCACUUCAGAUAAACUCACAAGGUAUCUUGGAAGUAAGACUAAGGAGUAUGAUCCUAUCAGCGAUGAUGAGGAAGAUCCUAUAAUAGACGCUUCCGUUGAAGUAUCUAUUGAGCGACCUAGUUUACGCGCGCUAGGGAAAAGAAGGGCUGUUGAUGAUCCGCUUACUGAGCCAGAUGAUGAUGAGAUCCCUUUACCUGAUUUUGAUAUCUAG